ACACUCUAGUGCGCGCGCGCACACACUCACUCACGCGCGUUUCAUUUAACUGAGGCUGCGCUCAGCUCGUGGACAACAAGGAUGAACUUGACGCUUCUUCUAAACUGCUAAAAUAAUCGAUUAUCGACUUUUUUGACCAGCCAAAGAUCAAUCUACAUGUUAUUUUAGGACUGUUAAAUAAUCUUUAUGGAAUUAACCGCGAGGACGGGAUGUUUGAGCAUACAAAAUGCGUCGUUUUGUGUAUCUUCUCCUAUUUAUUUUCGCUCCAGGUUAUGCACUGUUAAAGAACAGAGGUUGUGGAGGUAAUAUCAGUGUUUUUGGGGAGACGAGCGACUUUAUCCGGUACCCUUCAGAUCCAGAUCGCUCCAUAUUUAACCAAAUUACGGACAACAGCACGAAAAACCUUUUGGAUUGCACUUGGAUUAUCGAUUCACGUGAAAAUGAGACAGUUUGGAUAGAGGUCAUUUCCAUUGGUAAUAGUUCUAGUUUGGGGAUUCAAUUUGGGAACAAGGAGGAACGGACCUACAAAAAAGAUGAGAAUGCUCUGUUCUCGGGCACUGGAAGAACCAUCAUCAAAUGGAGGACUGCGAAAAGUACAGAUACAUUACAUCUUAGAUGGAACACGUCAGAUUCCAGUCAUGAUCCCGCUUUGAUUCCUUACACACACUCUGACACUGACCCUGUAUCUCCCUCUCCGAGUGGCUCAAGCAGGGUAACCUAUACCCCAGACAUUCCAGGGAAAGGCAACGCGGUCCUCGAAUCACAAUCACACACUCCCAGAGGUGAGGGUGUACAGUGGGGCGGAGGCGUGUCUGACCUGGCCGAUAACAGCAGACCUCGUUAUCCGCAGGAAAACACGAACAAUGAACAGGAAACAGCUGGAGAAUGGAUCUCUGACCUCUCUGGCACAAAUUCUUAUUCUUCCACUACAAUCCGCUCGCCUUCGCUGUCUUUGCACACUACACCCAAACACACAACAAGCGAUGUUACUGCAAAAACAAUCACGCUUUUUUCACAUGCAAGCGAUGCGACACACACUGAAUCACACACAAGUUCCCAGCGCAUAGAUACAAACACAUUUACUAAAAUGAUAUCAAACACACUUAGAGCUAAGCGAAGCGAUCCGAGUUCAAUGUAUCCGACAGACAGCCUUCUUUCUGUCAAUUUACCAUAUAGAGACACAACUGGAUUCAGUAAAAAAGAUUAUUCCACCGACAGUCCUGACAAAGUUGUCACCUUGAUGCAGUCGAAUACGGAUGGGCUUACAAUAUCAGAGAAUCAAUUCCAUACGGAGACUCCAACCUAUCAAACAGAGACCGAUAAACCGAUUAACAGUCUUUUAAUGUCUACUCAUCCAAAUGUUAAUAUCUACAAUGAUUCAAUAACUGUUACGGGCACACCUGUGGUUUCAGAGUUUCCAGCUGUCAAUCAAAGCAACCCACUGAUGUUUACUGAUAGCAACACAUACUCCGGACACACUGAGUCUUUUGAUCUCAUAGGUGAACAUACAAUGAACGUUACCAUUCUUUCUACAACUGAGAAUAAGCCAACAACCUCAAGCAUACUUUCAACGAAGCAGUCGCCUAGAACACACGCCAUGCAGGAUUUAACAUCUGAAGCAUUAACUACACACAUCAUCAAAAGUCAACGCAAUAAAACCAGCUCCAUAUCUACUGAAAUCUCAGAUUUAACAUCUCACAGCAAUGAAGCCAGCACCUCUACCAUCUUCACAUCUACCAGACCUCCAUCUCUGACCUCUUAUGUACCAUCUACAGUACGACAAAAUAAAGAAAGACAGGAAAGCCUCACCACUACUCCUCCGUCAGGUUCUGCCAGUCCUGAGAUAAAUCCUAACGUGACCUCAGACGUCACAAGCAUCAGUACAGUGACAUUUGGGAGCCAUGUGGAUUUAAAGGAACCUGAGAUUUCCCCAUCACAAGUCCAUAAUGUCGAUGCGUUCACACAUUCUCCACAAGCUAUGCUUUCGCAUACACCAAAAGCCCCUUUGUACAACCCCACAACUCCAUAUUUUAUAAACCCACAGACCUUUUAUGUUACUACCCCAACAAGCAUUGCGGGUGUAAGUACUCGGAGGAGUUUGACAGCCAUUACCAAGACGAUCCAUGGCUUAACUCCAUUUAAAGACGGUCACACUGAAUCCAUACAAAAUACGGAUAGCAUCACCAGCCACCUUCCAGGUCUAACACUGAGCCCUUCAUCUGUUGACGACCUCACAUCUACACUUAGUAUUAGUAAUCCUGCUGUUCAGACCAGCACACCUGUUAGCAUAACUUCUUCAAAUCCAAAUUACCCACCAACAACCAAACAGUCUAAAAUGACCACACACGCCACGUCCGCAGAAAAUCCUUCGGUCCGUACGCAUAUUCCCGAGGUAGAGCACAGCACCUUCAGACCUACUAAAUAUAUGACCACAAGCUUUCGUCUUACUGGGACGAAUCAGCACGCAACAUCUACGCAAGAAGUCACGCAGACAUCUCAGAUCCAGUCGACUGCAUCCAAAUCUGACAAAAAGUGGCCACAUGGAAGGCAUUUUUUCAUAGUGGAAGACCAGCAAGCAAUCAUCAAAGAGGAUACAUUUCAAGUACUCUUACAAAUCACCCUGGAAGACAACUUUGAGCCUGGCAUGGGCCUGCUUGAGAUGGAGCCAUUUCUACAGCCAUUUCUACAGCGAGUCUCUGGGUACAAGAGUCAACAUGUGACCUGGCACAGUGGUCCAGUUCUGCAAACAGUGGUCCAGUUUCAGACAGUGAAAGCACUUUCCUGGUUGGGAAGGGCGGAGUCUCUGUUACAGGAGGCGGGGUUAAAUCCAUUGCCAAAGGCUGGAAUAUUUGUGGGUGGAGUUAGAGUGAAAAACAUUACAGUGGGAGGUUUGCAGACUGAGAUUUGUGAAUGGCUGUUUGAAUGCCCUACUGGGUUUCAGUGUGUCUCUUCCAAGACAAACGCCAGCUGCACAUCAGUGUGCCACUUUGACUACUGUAAACAUCAGGGCAUCUGUGUCCAUCGCCCUGAUCAACAACCAAUCUGCCAGUGUCCUGUCGGAGAGGAUUAUUGGUUUAUGGGUCAGCGCUGCGACCUCCGCAUGACCCGACCACGUUUGGUGGGCGUUUGCUUUGGUGUGCUCACCGCGGUAGCUGCAGUAAUGGCCCUCCUGUCUUAUCUUGCAGUCCGGCGUUAUAAAAGCAUGCUUAUGCAGGCCAAAGUGGAACAAACACGCAGCAGUUAUCGCCGAUUUAAUCACUUCGAUGAGCUCUCGGCUCGGUUUUGGGGAAGGUCCUGGCCGGGGUCGGAAGACUCUUUGGAUAACCCGAUCUUUACUCGCUCAGAUGAAUUACUACAUUUAAGAGCCCUAGAUCGUACCUGCUGUUAUCACGAUGACACGCUUUCUGUUGUCUCCACAUAUCAUGGUAGUGGGACAAACCUCAACACCAUAUAUCCUCACAGUUCUCAGUAUGGCUGGGAUAUGAGCAACUGCAGCUUAGCAGAUGGUGUGGUGGAUUCUGGGAAGGCUAGUGACCUGUCGGUCUGUAGCUGGCCGAUCGAGCCAAUUCAGUGGACACCAUUUCCAUUAUUACAGCAGCUCAACAGAAAUUCUGCAACAGUGAAAGCAACUCGCCCUCGCUCUUACUGUGAAGGCAUGGAGCUGGUAGAUUUGGAGAAGAGCUGGACAGCCUAAUGGACAGCCUUGCUAAUCAUCUCAUGUUUGUAGGAGCAUAUGGUGCAGACGCACUUUUGGCGACCCGAGGUUGAAAAGUCCUUUGACGAUCCCGUACCCCUCUCUCCACCCUGUACUUUCCUUUCCUCUCCGUACAUCCUGUCUAUCAAACAAAGGCGAAAAUGGCCCUAAAAAACUUGUCUCAUGUUUGGGAAAAUUUUGGACGGAUAUAGCAUACUGAAACCAAAAUAAAUCUCAUCUACUUAAAAAUA